UGUAAAGCCUGUUACACAGACGCAUGCUGGGCUCCCAGUUUAGAAGAAGAUAGCAUGGCAGAGCCAGCUAGUAAUUUUAUGAGCCCUCCGGGGUGGUUUCCAGCCCCCGAACCGACUCCCAGGUUGGGGCCCAUGAGCAACGCCGCCCCUCCGCGGGACAACUGGAUGUUCUGGGCAAUGAUGCCACCAAUGCCGCCUCCUACGUUGCAGCCCGCGACCAGAUCAGAGCAUUCAUUUGAGGCUCAGCCCCGGAUGAAGGUCCAGCCUCUCUCCGGGGCGCCACCCCCCUUUGAUGCCCAGAUUCUGCCCGGGACGCAGCCCCCCUUCGACUCCCAGUCCCCCCUUGAUUCUCAGCCUCAGCUCAGCGGCCAGCCUGCUUGGAAGUUCCAGGCUUCGAAAUCUUGGUCCUGGGGACAGUCUCCUGGUGCUUUCCCUCAUCAGCAGAACUCCUGCAAUCCUCCAGUUAAUCAUUCUUAUUUUCCACCAAAAUAUGAUGCAAAAUUCACUAAUGUUAACUUCUCUCCUGGCAAAAAACAGAAAAAAAAGAGAAGAAAGGAACAAGUUUUUCACUUAUUUUGUGAUACCUGUGAUCGUGGUUUUAAAGAUCAAGAAAAGCAUGACAAACACAUGUCUGAACAUACAAAAUGUCCUGAAGUAGAUUGCUCUUUUACUGCACAUGAGAAGAUUGUCCAGUUUCACUGGAAACAUAUGCAUGCUCCUGGUAUGAAGAAGAUCAAGUUAGACACGCCAGAGGAGAUUGCAAGAUGGAGGGAAGAAAGAAGAAAAAAUUACCCAACUCUGGCUAACAUUGAAAGGAAGAAAAAGUUAAAACUUGAAAGGGAAAAGAGAGGAGAAGUAUUGACAACGACACAGUAUGGCAAGAUGAAGGGGAUGUCUAGAAAUUCACAGAUGGGCAAGAUCAGAAGUCCUGGUAGACAACACAAAUGGAAAAAUGAUGGUGUCAAACAGAGCGGUGUCCCUGGAUCAGAAAAUCUCCUCCCUGCUUCAAAGCCUGAAGGUCCACCUGAGGCAAAGGCAGAUCCUCUUGGCGUUUUGAUAAAUAGUGAUUCUGAGUCUGAUAAGGAGGAGAAAACACAGCAUACAGUUGUACCUAAGGAAGUCACACCAGCUUUGUGUUCACUAAUGAGCAGCUAUGGCAGUCUCUCAGGGUCAGAGAGUGAGCCAGACGCAACUCCUGUCAAGACUGAAACAGAAGCUGUGGCAGAAAACCAGGUUGCUCAUAGCAGUCCUCCCAAGAGUCCAAGACAAGAUGUUAAAGCAACUGUUAGAAAUUUCUCAGGAGCCAAGUAUGAGAACGGAAAGAAAGGUUUUAAAAAGACAAACCCUAAGAGGAAAAAACGUUGUCCCAACUUUGAAAAAUUAUUUCAGCCAAGAACACACCAUCCAUAUCUCCUGGAAAUGCUUCUAGCUCCGGACAUUCGACAUGAAAGAAACGUGAUUCUUCAGUGUGUUCGAUAUAUCAUCAAAAAAGACUUUUUUGGACUUAAUGAAAACUAAAGAUGUAUAGGUGUGUAAUGUUUCAGCACAUAUAACUGAAGCAUAUUAAAUGUGUAAAAUAAUACCAUCCUCAAGUUAAUGGAGGAAAACCCAAAACCAUUUUUUUUUUCAAAACCAUAUUGGUAAACUGUAAGCCUCAUAGAAUAUUAUGUUGGAAUUUCAAGUCUUUCCUUUGAUUCUGUGCAAAUAAAUAACAUGGUUAAUUUUUGAAGGAGUGUGUUUGGAUUAUAUAUAGUACUUGCUGGGAGAAUUUUAAUGUGUAUUUAUUUUUAUGUAUUGAUGUCUUGUAAGGAAGACUAUUAUUAGUCCAGUUAAGAACUGAAGAUACUGGUUUAAUAACAAAGAAGAAAAUUUUUUAAAUGCUUAAUUCAGCUAAGCAAAAUUAAGCAAAGAAAUACAUUUUGUUUUUAAUGCAGAAGAUGAAGAGUUAUUCUGUAACUAUAACAAGGGGGAUUUUAAAAAAUAAACCAUUUCCAAUUAAUAUAAUCAGAAGAUCUUAAAAUUUAAAUUAUCCUCAUUUAUACUAGCUUCACUUACAUAGCUCAGAUAUUAGAUGUUUGAAAUAUCAGUAUAGCUAUGUCUUCUUAGUAUGUUUAGAUUUAAUUGAAGUAUUUUUUAAAAAGUAGUUCAAAUUCAGACUCUUCCUUUCCCUGUCCCCCAAAAUAUAUAAAGUAUAAUAACUGAUGAGGUUCAACCUGUUUUUUUGUAGCAGAAAGAUUGGUUUAUGAGGUAAUGUGAUAAUCAUCUCAGUUUUAAGGUUUAAUUAAAAAUUUUCCAAUGAAGGUAGUAAUUGAAGCCUUUAAGUUUUUUUAAGUAAGUGAAAGCUGAGAUCUUUGUCUUUUAUAAUAGGGAAUUUGAUCAUAUGUUCUAGCUUUGUGCUAUCUAUAGCUGGAUUCUACCCUUUUGACAUAUAGCUAAAAGAGGCUAGAUUUUUAAAACUUGUCUGUUAUUAUAGUUGAAUAUUAUUUUUUUUAAAGAGAGAGAGAGAGAAUUUUAAUAUUUAUUUUUUUUAGUUUUCGGCGGACACAACAUCUUUGUUUGUAUGUGGUGCUGAGGAUUGAACCCGGGCCGCACGCAUGCCAGGCAAGCUUGCUACCGCUUGAGCCACAUCCCCAGCCCCUAGUUGAAUAUUAAUUUUAUAUGACAUUGUGAUUAUUGAAGUUCAUAAGUCUUGCUGCCAGGAAAACAAAACAAAACUAAGAAUGCUGACCCCAGCUCUCAGGCAGGCUCCUUUAUAUUCGUGAGGUUCUCCACAGAAUCCUGGUAUGCCUGGCAUGUAACACUAGCGACAUUACAGACCUGAGAUUAAGAUUCAUUUUUAGUCAUUGUUUCCCAGUCUUGUAACCACUCUGCAGACCUUUUAAUCUGUCUCUUCCUGCUCCUCCAAUGAAUGAAACCCAUAUAUUUUGGAAAAUUAUCUGCCUGGUAUAUUAAUUCAGUUCUUAUAAACUGUUUACCACUUACUUAUGUGCUCCCACCAUGCCGGCAUUAAAGGUAUAAAAGUGAGGAAGGCCUUGCCUGACUUCAAGAACUCAGUUUUACUUUCUUUGGGGGAUUGGGGUUUUAACCCAGGGUCAAUUUACUACUGAGCUACCACCACAGCCGUUUUAUUUUUUGUAUUGAGACAGAGCUCACCAAGUUGUUUAGGGGCUUGCCAAGUUGCUGAGGCUAGCUUUGAACUUGCAAUCCUCCUGACUCAGCCUGCCAAGCCACUGAGAUUAUAGACCUAUGCCACUGCCUCUGGCUCGAGUUUCAUUUUUAUGUAUUCAGUGAUAUGAUUCCCAACCCAAUUCAUCUCAUCAGGAUGACCUACUAAUGUUACAAACUGAGUUGAUAUUCUAAAUUGUGAUGUAGUCUGUAGUUUUAUCCUUGCUUAGCUUGCAAAUUCCAUAGGCUUAGAGUUGACAAAUGAAUUCACAGGCUCCUGGACUACUUACACAAACCACUCUCUCUCUAGAGAGAUUGACAAGUGCUGCUUUAAGGUAUAUUCUAUAGACAAUUUUAUUCUCUUUAUUUCUUGUUUUUUAAUAAAUACGUUUAAGACUGAAAA